CACAUCUGUGCAUGUUUAGUUUCAGAAUGGCUUCGGUUAUUGCCUUUCCUUGGUGUACUUGCACUACUUGGCUACCUUGCAGUUCGUCCAUUCCUCCCAAAGAAAAAACAACAGAAGGAUAGCUUGAUUAAUCUUAAAAUACAAAAGGAAAAUUCCAAAGUUGUGAAUGAAAUAAACAUUGAAGAUUUGUGUCUUACUAAAGCAGCUUAUUGUAGAUGCUGGCGUUCCAAGACGUUUCCUGCCUGUGAUGGUUCACAUAAUAAACACAAUGAAUUAACAGGAGAUAAUGUGGGCCCACUAAUACUGAAGAAGAAAGAAGUAUAAUAGUAAGGAAUUAGGAUUGAAUUGUGUGCUGUAAAAUCUUAUAUCUUUUCAUUUUUUGUGUAUAGAUCUUUCAAAUGGUGGUCUUAAUUACUACUACUGGUGGAGUAAUUAUUUCUGCCAAUUUAUUUUCUUGCUACACUACUGUUUAUAUUUGAUACUUCAUAUAUUCAAUCAUAUAGAAAUUAAAUUGUGCAAUCCUUUUAUUCUGACUUCAAAGAAUUAAUGUAUUUUCCUCCAAUAAACCAACACUUCUGAUUUUAAUUAAUUGAGGAAAUAUCUAAGUCUGGGGCAAUAGGUCCCAAACUGUUUCUUUGAAAAUCAAUAUUUUCAAUAGAUUAUAUAAUUUAUAAUUUUCUCCCUACUCUAUUAAACAUAUUACCUUUCAGUUUGCUUCUGUCUUGAUCAUUUGAAGGACUUGUUUCUUUUUCAGUCUUCCACACUCCAUUCAUUUUAGAUCAAUAAGAAAAAUAUUGCUCUUAAGAAUUACUUGAGUUUUCAAAGAGAUAAACUCUUUGCUUUAGAGAGAUUGUUGUCUAGUAAAUAUAAAUAUCCCAAUUUCAGGGAAUAUGUGAACUGGAUAUAAAAUGUUCCAACAAGGAACACUUAUUUACAUUAUAAAAGUUUGUUUACUUUACAGUGGGCUUGUUUGCCUCUGUUUAGGUAUAUUGUGUAUCUUGAGCUAUUUGACUCAUUGACAGGGUGGGGUGGGGUGGCAAGAACACUUACACCUAAAGUCAUGAGCUGCUGAAAUUUGAAGGUCAACGAGAAAUAAACAUAUUUUUAAAAAG